UUUACCUGAAAAGUUACCUGAGAAGAACACAUGGCUGAUUUACUAAUCCAGUGUAGAGUAAAUUAGAUAAUUGUGAUUAAUUACCAUCACUAGUAUAAUUAAUAAGUUUUAUUAAAAAAUUCUUUAUCCUCAAUAAGAUGUCAAAUACAAAAGAAUUUUUUCUUUCGGUUACACAACGUAUUUUCAGUAAUUGGACUGCAUUAAGAGUGGCAGUAGAACAAGGGAUGGGUACAAAAGAAAGGGCAACAGAUUUUUGUCCUUACAUAACGGAGGUUAUGUAUAUGAACGAAGAUCUAAAUAGCGAUGAAAUUGCUAAUGAGUUAGAAGAUUACAUGGAUGAGUAUUUCAAUACAGAACUUCAAGAUAAUAGUGCAAUACAAGUAGCAGAAGAAUUAUUGAGAUUUUAUCAUUAUUGUACUGAAAAUAAUGAAAAUUUGGCAAUGACAGAGCUUGCAAAAUUGCCACCAUUGCAAUCAUGGCUUGUUAUGAAUGAACCUAUAAAAAGAAGUCAGAACUCUUGUGCUAUAGAAAAUGAUAGUUCUGAAAAUGAAGAGGAAGCUUCUGUUGGUACGGAAGUUGCAGAUGAAUGGACAGAAGUAAGAACAAGACGAAAAAGAUAA